CCUAGAAAUUGCUCUAAUCUACUCAGUUCCGUUCUUCCAGCCUCGCAUCCUGCACAUUUUGACCCAUCCACCUAAGCUGCACCCUUUCCAGACCAUAGUUAUGGUAGGCCUCACAAGAAAUGUGCCCAAUAAGCCAGCCAGUGUCCCCUUCAGGCCACCCGGUGCUAUCAAGCCACGAUCAGCAGCUGGCACGAAACGGAAACCAGAAGCUAUACCUAGCAUGUCUGGUGCAAAGCAAGUACAACCUGCAGGAGGGGGGAAAGGGGACGGGUCUGGCCCUGUGACAUUCCUAGAUCCAUUUGAACCUCCCAGAGUAUUUGAGCCAGAGAUGAGUAUUGCAGAAUCAGAGGCACUUACCAGGCAAAUGCAGCAGCGGCAAUGGUACCACACUGAAGAACAAGCCGAGGAUGACAAUGAUGAGGGUCUCAAUGAUGACCCUGAUGGAUAUAUCGACCCAGUGCUUUGCACAGAGAGACAUCAGCCAGUGUUCAAUAGACAGCGCAGUCCCACACCUGUUGAAGAUGAAGAGUACUCCUCCCUUCCCCCCAGCUCUCCUCUGGCUGCCCCAUGGCACAUUACAAAGGCUUGUGCUCCAGUGCCAUUGAACCUAGCGACAGGUCGGUUGUGGGAGGUGUUUGAAAACACCAAGGACAUUGUGAAGAAAGGAGGCAAAGGGGCAGAUAUGGUGGUUGCAAAGAAGAUCAAGCAGUGGCAAACUGCCCACAAAGGUCGUAAAAACACUGAAAGAUUGGCUGUUGAUGUCAGGAAGGAGACUGGCACGGAUGGCCCUGAAUGGGACUGGUUUUUCCAAGUCUGUUAUCAAUCUACAGAUGAGUCAGAUAGUGGGGGAGGUAACAGUAGCAGACCCACCAUCGAAUUUGAGUCCAAUACUGAGAUAGCUCCACAAAUGACUGGGAAGAAAUCAUCGAGGGGGAAGAAUGCAGAUGCUUUUUGGGCUUCUUGA